GGAGGCGGCGGCGCGCCGCGGCCCGUGUGUGGCGGAACCGGCCCCUCCCCGCCGCGGGCGGCGCCAUUUUCCCCCCCUCGGCAGCGUGCGCCUCCGCGCUGGCCAGCGGGGAGGCCGCGGCUGCUCCGGCGGGGCUCGCCGCGCUGCAGGCGGCGCGCACAGGGGGACGACCCGGUUCAGCUCCUUGUCCCCCGCCCCUCGCCCGCUUUCCUCUCGCUGGACGGGAGCGCCCCGGGGGGGACUGGGCACCACCAAGCCAGGCUGCUCCUACCUUCCUUCCUUGCUCCCCGCACACCUCAGCCUCCAUCCGCCCAUCCAUCCCCGGGGGUGAGCCUUUGAGUGAGUCACCAGCGAGAGCAGGACGUUGCUACCGACUAACCAACUUGGCAGGGGUGCUCAUGUGGGGCCUUGAAAAAUAUUAACCUGACGAUGAGCAGCACUGUGGCUAGCCCGAUGUCAACGGUUGCUUCUUCAAGCAGUGGAAGAGGGACAGGAAAAUCAACAAGCUUUACACCUGAACUGCAAAGUAUGAUAUCUUCUUUCACUCUGAUAAAAGUCCUUCCACCUGGAUGGUUUUCCUUAGGAGAUGCUCGCAGGCCACUGCAUGAAACUGCAAUAUUGGUAGAAGACAUUGUCCACACUCAGCUGAUAAAUUUGUUGCAGCAAGCAGCUGAAGUUUCUCAGCUGAGAGGAGCUCGAGUCAUCUCUGCUGAAGAUCUCCUGUUUUUAAUGCGCAAAGAUAAGAAGAAGCUUAGAAGGCUACUUAAAUACAUGUUUUUUCGAGACUACAAAUCUAAAAUUGUGAAAGGCAUAGAAGAAGAUGACCUCAUUGAAGACAAAUUCAACAGUAACAACACCAACAAACGGCAGAAACUUGCUCAAGACUUUCUCAACUCCAUUGACCAGACUGGAGAGCUCCUAGCCAUGUUUGAAGAUGAUGAGAUUGAUGAUGUUAAGCAAGAGCGGAUGGAGAGAGCAGAAAGACAAACACGAAUGAUGGACUCAGUCCAGUAUGCAGAAUUUUGUGAAAGUCGGCAAUUGAGUUUUUCAAAGAAAGCAUCCAAGUUUCGUGACUGGUUGGACUGUAGCAGUAUGGAAAUAAAGCCAAAUGCAGUUGCAAUGGAGAUUUUGGCAUAUUUAGCGUAUGAGACUGUGGCACAGUUGGUGGACCUGGCCCUUUUGGUUAAACAGGACAUGGCUCCCAAAGCUGGUGACCCAUUCAGUCACGCCAUAUCUGCUACCUUCAUACAGUAUCACAACUCUACAGAGCCCCACCUCUUAGGGCAGGCCACAAGUAUAAAGACCAGUCUUGACUCUCCUGAAAACACACCACCUCCUACACCCACGCCUCCAGCGUCAGUAGGACAGCAACACCUUGGGAAAAGCCAGGCAGGAGCCCUGGGCAAUGGUGGAAUUGGGCAGGACUCUACCAAAUCCAAACAAAGAAAAAGAAAAAAGAGCACUGCAGCCUGUGGUAUCGAGGCUCAAAGCGAUGCCAUCCAGCCCAGCCACAUCAGAGAGGCCAUUCGACGCUAUGGCCACAAGAUUGGCCCCUUUUCCCCAUUCACAAUUUUCUCUUUCUUUGACAGAGUGCCUACCGCCGAAACGGGAUGACUUUCCUAGCCUGCUAAUAUGGAUGUGGCCUCAGCGACAGGAAAGACAGUGUUAUAUUAAGGUGAUUUUCUUUUCCCCUCCAUGGAAGGAAAAAACAAAACCAAACAAAAUAAAAAAACCCAAAACAAAAAAACCCCAGGAGCUCUGACGGCUCCGCGCACCGGCGAGUGGGCUGGUUUGUUGUGACUAUCUGCUGGCUGCCUCUGUCUCUUUUUUUCCAGCCCCCUCAAUCGUUAUUCUUGUUUACUAGCUGGAACGCUUAGCUAAUUAAUGGCAGGAUGUUUGGGAUAGCGUGUAGGUGGACAGGAAUGCAGAUUGCCCGGUUUUGGGAGCUGCAGUGGGCUUGCUGCUGUCAGCCCGCUGCUCCGGCACGGGGUCGUUUUUAUUUAAGUGCAGGAGGGCUGUUUUGUACAGCAGGAUGGGGUAGAAAGAGGCCAAAGAUGGAACGGGCUGUAUAGUCUUUCCCUGUGAUUAAAAAAAAAAAAGAUAGAGAGGAAAAACAGCCCUGUUUUCCAUCGAUUUCUCUCGGGUUAUUUUUAGGUAGCGUUUAAACAGCAUAACCCAGUCUGAUCCAGUAAGGGGCUUUUUGAUACCAAGUUCAGAGCCAAAGGUUUUUUUUUUUUUCCUCAGAGAAAAGCUCAGAUAAAUGAUACUUUAUCAGGUGAAGACUGCUUUUUUAGAGACACAGGGAUAGGCUAAAUACUGAGUCCCAAAUUCUUCAUAUUAACACGUCUAUUUUCAUUCCAUUCCUCUCAAGCCAUCUCUCUCCCGAGUCAAGAGAAGUGCAGUGAUUUGGUGCUGAAUUGGGCCCCUGUUCGGAAAGGGUAGCCUUAAGUAUCUGAAUAGCCCUGUCUAUCCCAGUGCCUCUAGUCAAAGGCUUAAAGUUAUAUACUUGCUUAAGUGUUUGCUGCAGGAAACAGAUGUUGUCUCUGUUGUUGAUGAAGGCAGCGCUGCUGUUGGAUUUGCUUGAAGAAGAAAUGGGCUCCUUUUUUUGCCUUUUGAUAUUUUAGUCCACUGUGUUUGUUUGCAGAUUUCUUCUGUAAAUCUCAGUCCCUCCCUCUACGGUUGUUCCCAUUCCCCGGCUCCUCCAGCCUUCGCUCUCCUCGCAAACACAUUCAUUUCUUCCCAUAAAAACUGUACAAAUAUAGAGCUAACCACGAUGAUGCUUGACGAGAGAAAAGGGCUUAUGCUUCAGCCCUUCCUCAGGAUCUACCGGCAUUUACUGCCCAUGUCCCUGUGGUAUCCCACCGGCCCAGGGGCCCCCUUUAGCAGCUCUUAGUGCAGGCUUAAAAUCUGACUUAAACCUCAAAUUGAGGCAGAGCACUCAAGGGAUCCAGAGGAGAUCAACAUAGUGCUUUUAUAUAGUGCAGCCAUCCUCCUCCUUUGUGCUUAGUAUGGGAGGUCUUCACUUCUGCUCCCGCUUCUCCUACAUGCUGUUGAAGUCAUUUAUAAGUGGUCUGGUUGUCCUGCUUUCCUGGACCUGCUUGUGAAAACUUUAAAAUAUAUAUAUUUUUUCAAUGAUCAGAAAAACGUCUCUUUCCCUUGUAACCAAAAUAUUGUAAAUGUGAACUUUGUACAUCAGGUAUUUCUGCCAUUCAUAAAUUGCUUUUAUCUUUUACCUGCUUACAGUUCCGUUUUCUGGAAGUAAUCUAUGUGUAAAGGACUAAAAGUAAUGUGUACAAUGCAGUAUAUUAAAUGGGGGGGGGGGGAGUUUUCUGAUGUUCCAUCUGUGCUUGUUGAAAUGUAUGAUUAAACUUUUCUUUUUAUCAUCA